CACACAUUUCUCUGUUUCCUCGAACCUUCAUUUUUCUUCUUUGCCAAGACAAAGAUAAACAAUAACCAAAGUUUGGCAAAGAAGAUAAUCAAUAACCAAAAUAACAAUACCUUAUUAUAUAUAUCAACAUCUCUCCACUUGUGUGUUCACAUGAAUCUUCCCUCUAGUUUUAUAUCUCAUUUCUUCUGUUAGUUGACUUAUUCUACACUUUCUUUGUCUCUCUCCUCCUCUCCUUCUUCUUCUUUAAUCUUCCUUGAGAUUCUCUCAGGAGUUUUGAUCCUUUAUGGAUUCUGUUUUGCAAGUAACCGUUGAUGGGUUCAAAUUCGAAAACGGUUCUGGAUCUUGCUGCAAACCAAUGAACAAUCUUGAUGAAUCUUGCUUCACUUGUUUCGACGAAUCUGAAUCUCAGAGCGACUCUUCUUCUCCUACCGAGUCUAAGGUAUGUUCAGAUUACCUUCCUGUCUUCAAGUACAUCAAUGACAUGUUGAUGGAGGAAGAUCUUGAAGAUCAGCCUUGUAUGUUGGUAGACAGUUUGGCUUUACAAGCCGCCGAGAAAUCUUUUUACGAAGUGCUUCAAGAUCAAUCUCCUCCUACUUCUGAUCAAAUCUCCAACGAUUUAGAGGAUGGUUCUCUCGGAAACUUCAGCUCUAUAACGAGCUUACAUCAACCAACCUCAGAUAUCAUUGGAUCGCCUGAAGUAGUUUCAGAGGAAUCAACGAGAAGGUAUCACCAUAGGGAUGAUGAUCUUGAGGGUGGAAGGAAAUCGAAGCUCCCUGCAAUAUCUACAAUGGAUGAGCUGGCUGAAAAGUACGAGGAAGUGUUGUUGAUAUGUCAAAAGAAUAAUCAUGGAGAAGCAUCACCAAACAAAACCAAACCAGCAAAGGGCUCAUCGAACCGAUCCAAACAACAAAAGUCAGAACAGCCAGUUGAUAUGCGAGAUCUUCUGAUGCAAUGCGCGCAAGCAGUGGCGAGUUUUGACCAGUCUAGAGCUGCUGAGAAACUUAAGGAGAUAAGAGAACACUCUUCUAUCCGCGGCGAUGCAACUCAGAGACUUGGUUAUCACUUAGCCGAAGCGCUUGAAGCACGUAUUACCGGAACCAUGGCUACACCAAUAUCUGCUACUUAUAGCAGAACAUCUAUGGUGGACAUUUUGAAGGCAUACAAAGGGUUUGUUCAAGCUUGCCCCACCUUAAGAAUGUGUUACUUCACUGCAAACAGAACAAUCUAUGAGCUUGCUUCCAAAGCAACCACACUUCACAUCAUUGAUUUUGGGAUUCUCUAUGGUUUUCAGUUGCCUUGUCUGAUACAAGCUCUGUCAAACCGUGAAGGCGGACCACCACUGCUCCGUGUGACUGGUAUCGAGCUGCCUCAGUCAGGUUUCCGUCCAUCAGAGCGGCUUGAAGAGACAGGGAGAAGACUGAAGAGGUUCUGUGACAAGUUCAAAGUCCCGUUUGAGUACAGUUUCAUAGCCAAAAACUGGGAAGACAUAACUCUUGAUGAGCUUGUGAUCAACAGUGGAGAGACAACAGUUGUCAACUGCAUCCUCCGGCUACAGUAUACGCCAGAUGAAACCAUGUCACUCAACUCUCCGAGAGACACGGUUCUGAAACUAUUCAGAGAUAUCAAUCCUGACCUCUUUGUGUUUGCAGAGAUCAACGGGACUUACAAUUCACCCUUCUUCCUAACAAGGUUCAGAGAAGCUCUCUUCCAUUGCUCGGCUCUCUUUGACAUGUAUGAGGCCACAUUACCAGAAGAAGACGAUUGCAGGACCCUGGUGGAGAGGGAGCUAAUCGUAAGAGAUGCAAUGAGUGUGAUAGCCUGUGAAGGGUCUGAACGGUUUGCAAGGCCUGAAACUUACAAGCAAUGGCAGGUUAGGAUUUUAAGAGCCGGGUUCAAACCGGCGAAACUAAACAAAGAGAUCAUAAAGCACGCGAAAGAAAUAGUGAAACAACGUUACCAUAAAGAUUUUGUGAUUGACAAUGAUAACCACUGGAUGCUUCAGGGCUGGAAAGGAAGAGUCCUUUAUGCUGUUUCCUGCUGGAAACCUGCUAAGAAGUGUUUGUAGAAUCUGUUUGCUCUCAUAUAUAUGGAACGAGUCUCUCUACUUUCUUGAAACUUGAAAGUACAUAUAUGCCAACCAAGAUUUGGAAA